AUGCAUUUCACCAAGACCAUAAUCUCCUUUCUCGCCAUUACCGGCUUUGCUGCAGCUCAGCUUGAGGACCAACACCCCGACCUCGCUGCCCGUGAGGCCGCUCGGGAAGAGUACCUGGAGGCUCGUGACGAAUACCUCGCCGCGCGCGAAAACUACAUCCUGGAGAAGCGUAAAGCGCCAGCUCCUACGAAGGGCAUUAUGACUUGCGCUAUCAGAGGCCAGGGCGUUUGUGGUUACUGCGCUGCCAAUGCCAAAAUUGGCUCGACCUGCCGAUGCCACUAA